AUGAAUCCCGUAAACGUCAACAUUGGUGGUAAGCUAUUCUCAACAACUGAAGAAACUCUACUAAAAAUUCCUAAAAUCCUCUCUUAUGUAAAAGAUGGUAUUCCUAUUGAGACUCUCUUUAUUGACAGAGAUCCAGAAGUAUUCAAAUAUAUUUUGAAUUUCGUUCGUGAUAACCGUGUAAUUAUGCCAGAUGAUAAUCUAAUCACAGCUUUGUUAUAUCAAGAAGCAAAAUUCUAUGAAUUGGAUGCUCUUGUAACUCUCAUAGCGAAAAACCGACAAAAAAAUGCUGGAGGAUACUGUGACUUCAAAUUGUAA